ACGUUAGUGUAGUAGUAGAGAAUCAUGCGCGCUGGUUAUUAUGGGUCUCGUUUGAGGUGGGAGGAAGACUACUGCUGCGCAUGCGCGACCUUCUGCCUCUAGUUUGGUUAUGAUGGCGGCUGCGUUGAGAGGAAGCAUUAUAACAUUGGCCAAGGGUCUAAGCGGUGCCCGGCUGCAGCCACUGUGUGCUCGGUCUCUGAGUUUGACCGGUAGCCAGAAUGUUUCAGAGACCCCGCCAGCACGUGCUGACAGCACUUUCAAAGUCACCAUGCUCCCGGGAGAUGGAGUCGGACCAGAACUUAUGACUGCUGUCAAAGAGGUUUUCAAGGCAGCAGAUGUUCCUGUGGAGUUUGAAGAGUUUCAUCUAAGCGAGGUGCAGAACAUGGCCAGCGAGGAGAAACUGGAAGAGGUCUUGUCCUCAAUGAAGAACAACCGAGUCGCCAUCAAGGGGAAAAUUCACACUCCCAUGGAGUACAAGGGUGAGCUGGCAUCUUAUGAGAUGCGACUGAGGAGAAAGCUGGACUUGUUUGCCAAUGUGGUCCAUGUAAACAGCCUCCCGGGGUACAUCACCCGACACAAUAACUUGGACCUGGUUAUCAUCCGUGAGCAAACAGAGGGAGAAUAUAGCUCUCUGGAGCACGAGAGCGUUACAGGUGUGGUUGAGUGUCUGAAGAUCAUCACCAGAGAGAAAUCCCGUCGGAUUGCUAAAUUUGCAUUUGACUAUGCCACCAAAAAAGGCAGAAGCAAGGUGACGGCUGUACACAAGGCAAACAUCAUGAAACUCGGGGAUGGGCUUUUUCUGCAGUGUUGCGCAGAAGUGGCCGAACUUUACCCCAAGAUCAAAUACGAAACCAUCAUCAUUGACAACUGCUGUAUGCAGCUUGUGCAGAAUCCGUACCAGUUUGAUGUGCUGGUGAUGCCUAAUCUCUAUGGGAACAUCAUUGAUAACCUGGCGGCUGGGCUUGUGGGCGGGGCCGGUGUAGUUCCAGGAGAGAGUUACAGCGCUGAAUAUGCUGUGUUUGAAACAGGCGCCAGACAUCCCUUUGCUCAAGCUGUCGGCAGGAAUAUUGCUAACCCUACUGCUAUGCUUCUCAGUGCAUCCAACAUGUUGAGACACCUCAACCUCGAGUAUCAUUCAAACAUGGUGUCUGAGGCUGUCAGGAAAGUCAUUAAGCAGGGCAAGGUGAGGACGCGAGACAUGGGGAGUUACAGCACCACUAGUGAUUUUGUCCAAGCGGUUGUGGGCAACCUGCGCCAUCGGAUUGUUUAAGGAUGUUUACCCUACCCCAUGUCUUACCUGGAUCACCCUUUACCCCUCACUGCUUUUCUUAAAAUGUGCAAAGCUAAUUUUAAAAUGGAUAGAUCCUAUAUCUGCCUAUGCCUUUUACUUUAUAAACUUGUUUUUUUUUCUGUUUGCCCUUUGCUUUGUUUUACCCUUCACUUAGCACCACCUGACUUAUAUCGACCAAUCAGACCUUAACAACUUGUUAAGCAAAUUAUUAGACCAGCAUUUGUUAAGUUUGUCAAUUAAACUUUAGUGUAUAGAUGUUUUGAAUUUGCAGUGGAAACAUUUGUCUGCACUUAUUCCUAACUAAACAUGUAGCAAAAGUGAUUAUUACACGCUUAUAUAUUUCAGAUCAAAAUGACUUGCAAUGCUUUAUUCAGUUCUAGUCCAAAAAUGCAUGAGUUUAACUGCACCGUAAGCACAUUUUAUCAAUACGAAACCUUUUUUCCUUUGCAAAAUUCUUUAAAGCUUGUCUGUGCAAGCAACCGUAGUAAAUCGGGCGGAGCUUAGUGAAGGGUCGAGCUGGUUGAGAUCUUUCUUAUUCAUUACAUCCAUGUAUAUUCGUUAUUUUCAUUGCUGUUUUCAAGGUAUUUGUUUCCCCCAUAGUUUUGCCUGAAAUGUUACACUGCACUGCUAUGUUUUGUUCACUCCUUUUUGUUUUGUUUUAUUUUAGUUUUCAAUUCUAAGCUGCUUGGUUUUUGUGCAUUUUGUAGUUCCUUUUUGACUCUCAUAAAUUCCUGCUUUCCUAUGACCUCGGUUUAGGGCUGGUCCUCUUUAACUUGAUUCCAGGAAUUCAAUGAAAUUAAAUGUGUGAUUAUUUUAAAGGCCUUUUAGCAAGCUUUUAGACAUGCCAGCAGUUGGGUGGUUUUCCUUUGUUAGAACUUCAAACAUAACUGCUGUUAUAAAUCCGAUGGGCAAUCAUUGGUUUUCAUUUCAUGGUGCAAAUGUUCUGGCGUCAAAUGGACAGGAAGUCUAUUUUGCGUCGUGGCUGGCUGACUGACAGCGUUAAGAGAAAGUAUGAUAAAAGAAAUUGUUGAAUCAAUACAAAUGCAAAUAUCUGUUUGCCUCUCGGGCGUUUUAAUCUUACCUCAAUCAUUGCAGUAAUUAUUCAACAUGUGAACUGUAGUUGACAUGUUGCCUUUGUAUUUUCUAAUCUCAGUUCCUGCAGUAUUACCUUUUAGACACUCGACAGGGAAAUUGCGCACAAAUUGUUUCUCUUCAUGCCUUAACUGAGUUGACCAAUGUUUUGUCAAAUUUGAAUUUUCUAGUGUCAAAAAAUAAAUAUGUGAAACCAAAUGGA